CGAGCUCGCCGCACGAUGACUGCCCCGCUAUGACGGCCCAACGCGAUCGCCGUGGCGACGACAAUGUCGAAUUGUUGCCGUUAAAAUCUAUGUUAGUUAAUAACAAUUACAGAGAAGAUGAAGUGUACUACCCACCGACACCAGCAAUUAAUAAUAAUCCAUCUAGUUCGAACUUAUAUGAAUAUACACUCUUGUCGAAACGCACGCCGGCCUCAAAGCGGCUUUUAUCGCGAAAUGCUCAGCCGUCUCCGAUGCCCCUCUUGACACUAUGUGGGGCGCCUCCACCAUCCCGGAAGCGUGAAGAGUUGACAGCUCUCGCUAACUUGAGGAAGAAAGUCUCACCAGCUCUAUUGCAACAUGAUAGGAAAUCAACGAAAACUAACAACGAAACGGAUAAAGAUCACCAGGAAACAGAGCAACUCGACAACAGGCCUAAAUUACUACAAAAGGUGCUAAAAACGAGGCCAGUCAGUAUGGUGGUGCAGUGGAGUGAAGUGCGCACCGCGUGGCAAGACAGCGACUUCAUCACGGAGUGCCUGUGUUGGCACAACGUGUACCGCCAGCGGCAUGGUGCUCCGCAACUGUACAUGGCGCCUGAGCUAUGCGACUAUGCUCAGGCGUGGGCGAAUCAUUUGGCGCAUACGAACAAGUUUUACUACAGGAAUGACAGGGACGUUGGACAAAACCUCUACCAAAGGCCUGUGAGCGCCCUGCAGCCGGACAUCACUGGUCAAGAAGUCUCCUCGUACUGGUAUGCAGCUGUGCGCCAAUAUAAUUUCUUCAAGGAAUCAGACGUGCUGCACGCCAACGUAAAUGCAGGGCACUUCACCCAAAUGGUAUGGGUGUCCACACGUUUCUUCGGCGUAGGCAAGGCGAGAUCUCGCGCAGGUAAGGUGAUAGUCGUCGCCAAUUACUCACCACCAGGGAACGCAUCCGGCCAGUUCGAGACCAACGUGCUUCCACCGUUGCCAGAUACCACGCCAGAAAUGCCACCGGAGCACUGACGAAGGUUUUCUAUACGUGGCAGGAGGUUACGGAUCGAUGCCACGAUGAAUCGGUAAAGGGAUCACGGUGCAUGCUAGGUUUGUUUAGACAUUUUUAACUGAUAGUGUUAUACCACCCUUGUGAGUAGAAUUCGUUGAGACACUGAACGCAACGUUAUAAAAUUAGUUAUCAUGUGGAAGGCAUUGUUUGAUUUAUUUCACAUAGAAACAAAACAUACACUAAAAUCUCUUGGAUGCAAUGUGUAAGAAAUUAUAAAAAAUAUAUAUUUAAGGUGAUCGAAAGCUCUUCCAGGAACAGUCUAGAUUAAAUGUCUGCGUAAGUUGUUAAGAAAUUUAAAAUACAAUACGCAAUGAUGACUGACGGACUGGUCUAUAUAUGCCCGAACAACUGGACAUAAAUGCCUGAAAUUUGCAUGCAGUUGCAGCCACUAUGAUGUAGGCAUCCACUAAGAAAUCUUGAUAAAUUCCAAAGGAAUAAAAUAUAGGACGAAAGCUUGUACCAUGUCAAUUUAUUCGACCGAAGGCUAUAUCUAGUUUUUUUUAUAAUUCUUGCUCGUGGCCUAUUGGUUAAAAUGUCAAAGCACAUAGACAUAACGUGUUUACAUCAAAAAUUAUGGCUGGAACGACCUUUUAUUAAAACGAAGCGUGUCGAAACUUAGAUGGAGGGUAGGAAAAUACAAGUAAUUUCGUUAAAAUGUUAUCUAAACGAAAACUGAAUCUCUAAGCACGCCACGUCUGGGACACGACAGUCUCCAAUAAAUAUUGAUAGGCUUCAGGUGUGAGAUGGUAUUUAAUGAGGGUAGUGUCUUCCAUUUAGUUGGUAUUUCUAAUGAAAAUACCAAAAGCUUUAUGAAGAUGCACCAUAAUAUACCCUGUUGUCUAUACAUUUUCGAAAACGAAUUUAUUUUGGUUCGAAAGGAUAAAAUUUUAAAUUCUGCGGCAAUUUUGAAUGGGGUUAGUGUUUUUAUAUUCUGAGAGAUCUUAUAAAAAGAAUGGCAGAUUGGACAACAUUCAUAUGGAUCUCUUUAUUAGCUUUCGAUCCUUUUUAACAAAGAGACCUGUCCAAUCAAUUUGCCAUAAUCAUUAGGUAGAUAUAAUACAAGUAUUUAUUUGUUUUCGACCUGAUUGGUUAGAAGAGGCACAAAUAUAUAUCACGCAUACAUAGGUUAAUGAAGUUGAUGAGCAGAGCUGAGAGGGUUUAGAAAUAUAAUGAGAGGGAUUUUGACGUAGAUAUAACAUUAGGUAUAUAGAUUAAGGUGCUGUAGGAAAUUUCGUUGCGGUACGUAAAGAAUAAAAUUAUUAGCGGUCUUUAGAGAUUCAAAUUCAGGUGCGUUGAAAGACUUAGAGUAAUAUGCUUUUAUGUAACGCCUAUAAUUUUAGUUAAUAUAAGAUAACAUUGUUAUAUAAAUAUAUCGUAAUGUAAUAACGGUUGUUUCGCCUGAGCUUACAUUUGAUAACAGUAUUCGCUUAAAAAGCAAUAAUUUUAACGCACAUUAUUAAAAGUACAUCGAGUUUAAAUAGCUAAUUAGUUCAUCAACAUAUUAGUAAUAUUUUUAAUUACUUCUCUACACACUGAAAGCAACUUACUUGGCCUACUUUUCAAUAAUUAUCAGAUAAGAAUAUCUUUUUAACUGCACUUAAUGUAACACUAAAUUACUGUAUAUUAUUUAAAAUGAUCCUAGUUUAAACAUAACCUAUAACCUAUUAUCUUAAUUCUCAUGAAGAAUAGUAAUACUCGUUUAAUCCACCGAGAGCACAACAAAGAAAUUUUGAUAAAUACAUCAUAGAAAAUAACACACACCAGUCUGCACAGACCUUUUCGUUAGGGACUUUCGAAAUUUGUACAGAAAUUGGUACAAAUAGUGUUCUUAUAAUCAUAUCCGUGGAUCUAUAGAACUAAAAGGAAAAAUUGCUUUAUCUAAAGGGUCAGUCAGGGCGAUUGGAAACAACUCCCAUUAAACUUUUAAUAAUGUAAAUAACUAAAUGAGUAUUAUUUCUAACUGCUAAAGCUAUUUAUUUGUACAAAAUGUAUUUCAACCAAUGUCCCCAAAAACAAAUGGUUUGGAAACGGUUAUCAAUUCAAUGGUAUUUUUUUGAAUUGUUACUGAAUAAUAAUAGGGGAUAACAACCGAUUGAAGCGAUUAUUUUUGCAUUUGCUAGGAGAUUAUUGUCAUUUAGUCCCAUUAAAGAAUUUCGAUUGGUACCUCGCCUCCAGGCACACCGGUAACC